AUGUAAUAAUAAUAAAAACAACCAAUUCAUGAAAGGCGUCGUAGAAGUGGAGGUUUGCAUGCUCAAACAUGUGAAGAAUAUCUAAAAGUAUAAGGUUAAUUUAAUAAAUCAAGAAAUAUGAAUAAAUUGGACAGAUAGUAAUAAGAGAGAGUUAAAGAAAAAAGAGUUUAUCUGAAUCUGCUUUUCUAAAUUUUGAUUUUAUACCUGCAGAUGAAGGUAUGGAAGACUUAUGCUAGCUAAAAAUUUUGAUAUAUUCUCCUAAGUUUAAAAUGAAUGAAUAAGAAUUUUUGCAACUUUUGAAGAGAACAAGAAAUAGAUCAAUCACAACUGAUAAUUUACUAAAUGUACGUUAGACAUUUGAUUAUGAUUUCUUUUAUAGAGAAUAUGAAGUCAAUGAGAAACAUUUUGGUCUUCAUUUUUGGAUCCAAAAUAAUCCAAAACAUAUACACACUCUCUUUUUUUCAGGUAUGUAUGACUACUAAUCUAAUAAUAUUAGAGAAUUACUAUCGGUUCUUUAAUGCUGCUAUAUUAUUAUAGCGAGAUCUCAAUGUAGAAUCAUUAAUAAGAGAAAAUAAUCCUAACUGUAUGAUUAAAAUAUUCCCAUUUGUAAAUGUUUUCUUAUAUUAAAUAGAUGGAUGAAUUGCUUAUGGAAUCACUCUAAUCUAUUAUAGCUGAAGUAAAAGUAUUAUUUACUAAAUAAGAUCUGUCAUAGCAAUAUCAAAUCUUGAC